CCACAACUCCUAAAAAUGUUGACAAUAAGCUUCUAGAGGAACUUCAUGUGAAGAGAAUCUCUGAAGGCCCUUCACCCCCUAUGCAAGAAACCAAGCCUGACUCCCCCCCCUCCCCCGGGGCUAAGGAAAAGAACUCUCACCCAUUCUCACCCAUUAUACCACUGAAGCCCCUGUCCUCCAAGGAUGUUGUAGAGUAG